GCCCACGAGAUCGUCUGCAAGAGCCGAGACACAGAGGCGCUCCAGGAGCAACUGCAUCGCUUCAUGGCCAUGAACGAGGACCUGCGUCACAAGGUGGCCGUGGUGCAGGCUCAGCUCAAAAGCGCGCUGGAGAAAAAGUCGGACCUGGAGGCCAUGAUGCUGCAAACCCAGAGGGAAACGAGCAGGAGGAGCAGGAUCGCUGAGAUCCACCAGCCAAAGCCCAGCCUGGUGAGUCCGAGCCCGCAGCCCUGCUGCUGCAAGGCGUCGGUCUCCGCUUGCCUGCUGACUCUCUUUCUGUCCCGGCAGGAAGGAGCGCUGUCACCUGCGGAGGAGCCGCAGCCCCAGGACGCGGACGCAGGCAGGAGCCCUGCUUACUGCUGCUUCUCCAAGGAAGAGCUGCAGCAGAUCCUGCAAGAGCGGAACGAGCUCAAGACCAACCUGUUCUUGGUGCAGGAGGAGCUGGCCUAUUACCAGCGGGAGCUGCUGAACGAAGAGAGAGUGCCCAGCUUCUUCUUGGAUGCGAUGAAGUCGACUAUCAAAAGACAGAGAAAAAAAAUCAGAGCCAAAAUGCUGGGAACGGCGGAGGAGUCGGCGAGCAGCGAUGAAGACGAGGGCUCCUGGCUCCCAGCUCGUGGUGCAGACUGCGUGGAUGCUCAGCCUUCCGAAUCCAAAAUUAGGAGCUU